AUGGCAAAUCUCCAAUCCAUUUCACUAAUUUCAUUAGGGUUUCUCAUAUACCUGUUCAGAUUCUCCGUUUCCGAUCACGAUUCGCAUCAGAAAUGCCCCAAAACCAACACCUCUUUACUUAAUUUCACAAGUGAGUUUGUUAUGGUUCAACAUCAGCUAAGAGGAUCUUUCAAGAUAAUCAAUGACUGUUCUUUUAGGGUUAGAAAAUUCGAUAUGCUUUCUGGAGGUUCUGAUGUUUAUUGGUGGGGUGCUGUUGGUGAUAAUUACGACAAUUUAACAUCUGGGUUUGUCAUAUCUGAUCAUAAAUUGAACACAUCCACUUACAAAAACGAUAAUUUUACUGUUCAUUUGAUGAGUAAUGUUACAUGGGAUGACAUUAAGGUUGUCUCGAUUUGGAAGACAUCAAUGGCGUCGGAUUUUGGGCAUGUGGUGUUGGAAGAAAGCAGCGAAUCGCCGCCCCCCGCCCCCGCCCCAGCCCCAGCCCCAUCCGGUGGUAAUUUUACUGGGAAUUCUGUAAUUAAGAUUGAUGGAGAGCCAACUAUGUUCGAUAAUUGUAAGGUUCUAUCGGAUAACUAUAGGUUAAGAUGGAAAUUGAGAACUGAGGAGAAUGUGAUCGAUAUCGGGCUAGAGGGGGCGAUCAACGUUCAGCAUUAUAUGGCGUUCGGGUGGGCGGAUCCGUCCAAGGACCACAACCAUAUGCUCGAUGCUGAUGUCGCGGUAACGGGUUUUACUGAAGAAGGAACCCCGUUUGUAGACGAUUAUUAUAUCACUAAGUACAGAGAGUGUACGACUAACAGCGAUGGUAAGGCCGAGGGUGUGUGUCCGGACACCAUGUACGAUGAUUCGGAUGACAAUGAUUCAGUUAACAACACGAUAUUGGUUUAUGGGCAUCGGAAAGAUGGUGUUUCGUUUAUUCGAUAUCAGCGACCGUUGAAAUCGAUCGACAAAAAGUAUGAUUGGAAUGUGGAUACAAAGAAGAAGAUGACUUGUAUAUGGGCUUUAGGUUUGAUUAAGCCACCUGAUUCUAAUUUUCCUUAUUACCUUCCUGAAAACCAUGGCAAGACUUAUGGUCAUGUUCACAUUAAUAUUUCCGCGAGUGUGAACGAUUGCAACGGUCCGCUCGAUGCAAAAAACAAGCAGGAUCAAGAACUCGUGAUUGCCGAUAAGAAAGUACCGCUCGUUGUUACUUCGGGUCCAGCCGUGCAUUACCCGAACCCUCCAAACCCGUCUAAGGUUCUGUAUAUAAACGAGAAACCAUCUCCUGUUUUGAGGAUCGAAAGAGGGGUCCAGGUGAAGUUUUCAAUCCAAGCUGGACAUAACGUGGCGUUUUACAUCACGUCUGAUCCACUUGGCGGGAAUGCAACGAUGAGAAACCGCUCGGAGACAGUUUACGUAGGUGGGCCCGAGGCUCAGGGGGUUCGGUCCAAGCCCACGGAGUUAGAAUGGGCGCCUAACCGAAAUACGCCUGAUCAGGUCUACUAUCAGUCGUUUUACACCCAAAAAAUGGGCUGGAAGGUUCAAGUGGUCGAUGGAGGGCUCGCGGAUAUGUAUAACAACAGUGUUCUUUUGGAUGAUCAACAAGUUACGUUCUUUUGGACACUUUCGAAGAAAUCAAUAGCUAUUGCAGCUCGAGGUGAAAAGAAAAGUGGGUAUCUUGCCAUUGGGUUCGGGUCUGAAAUGGUGAAAAGUUACGCGUAUGUGGGUUGGGUCGAUGCUAAUGGCACAGGACAUGUCAAAUCGUAUUGGAUCAAUGGGAGAAACUCGCAAAGUUUGCAUCCAAUGAACGAAAACCUGUCAUACGUAAGAUGCAAGUCUGAAAAUGGAGUCAUCACGUUCGAAUUCACCCGAGCGUUGGAUCCAAAUUGCGAUGGAGAUAAAAAGAUCGAAUGUAAGAAUAUCAUCGAGCCAACAUCGCCUCUUAAAGUCAUCUGGGCCAUGGGGGCUCAAUGGUCUGCAGACCACUUGACCAAAAGCAAUAUGCAUUCAUCAACAAGCAGCAAACCGGUUAGGGUUUCACUCAUUCGUGGUUCAGCCGAGGCUGAACAGGAUUUACGACCGGUGUUAGCCGUACACGGCUUCAUGAUGUUUCUGGCAUGGGGUAUGUUUUUUCCAGGUGGGAUCUUGGCUGCUCGAUACAUGAAGCAUGUGAACGGUGACGUAUGGUUCAAGAUUCACGUUUAUUCACAGUGCUCGGGGUUAACAAUCACUUUCCUCGGGAUUCUUUUUGCCGUGGCCGAGCUUCGGGGCUUCCAUUUUGGCUCGUUACAUGUUAAAUUUGGAGUAUUGACGUUACUAUUGGGUUCCAUACAACCCAUUAACGCUUACUUUAGACCUCUAAAAGCUCCUGACGAUGAAGAACCAUUACGCCAAAGGAUCGUUUGGGAGUACGCACACGCUUUUGCGGGUAGAAUUGCCGUUCUUCUUGGGAUCGCUGCUAUUUUUAGCGGGAUGAAGCAUUUAGGGGAUAGAUAUGGUGAAAAUGUUGGGGGAUUGAUGUGGGCAUUGAUCGUUUGGGUUUUGGCGAGUGUUGUGACCGUGUUAUACUUGGAAUUCAAUCGGAAAACGCACGUAAGGGAAAGAAAUUCCAGGGGCGGUAAUUGGGUAUUGGGCGAUGGCGAAGAUGAGGAAAGUGAUCUUCUAAGUCCAAGCACAAUAGAUGGAGAAAAUGCAGAAAAAUUCUUGCCCUCUUCAGAAAGAAUGGAAAUUCAACUGGAACCUUUGAGCAGAUAGAAUUUUCUUCAAAAAUUCUAACUUUUUUCUUCUUUGGUUUUUGAUUUUCUUG